AAGCAUGCGCAGUCAUGAAAUGAAAUGAAUACUGGUCAGGCCUGUGAUGUUUAUGUGGAUUGUAAACUUUAUCUUAUGAUGUUACCGAAGAGGUGUUAGGAUGUCUGAGAUAGACGAUGAAGUUUUUUCCCUUCAUCAAGAAUUUGAUUGGCUUUUACAAGAAGAAGUAACUGUGAUUUUGGAGCAACUGCAUGAUAUUGUCCUGGAAUGUGCAAGGAGAUUUCCUGAUUCUGAAGAGCUAUAUGGUGUUGAGUCUCUUGUAAAAACUGAAAAGUUUCUACUUGUAAAUACAAGCUCUACAGGUGGAUCAACAACAGAUACUAUCCAAGCAGUUGUGACACUCGAAGGAGAUAACAUUUGUUAUGCUGAUAUUUCUCUGAAACUCCAUAAGCAUUCCGUUCCUUCUCAUCGUACCAUUGUUCAAAAUGACUGCCAGUGGAAGCUUCAACAAAUCCAGGAUGCCGGCAAACAUCUAUCCAAAGCUCUGCAAGUUUUUGCCUCUCUACCUGAUACCAAUGAGAAAGGAAAAAUUGAUUUUCAUUCAGCUGAGGAAGUGAUUCAUGUGGUAAAUUCCUUAAUGGGUUGCCUGCAGAGAGGCCGUUCUGCACUCCUAAUUCCAAAAAAGCGUACUAUCAAUGAGCUGCAACGCAGUCGCAAUGUGAAAUCAUUGCAGCCUCCUCUACCUCCUGAUCUGGCCAUCAGCUUCUAUGUUCAGUCUCACAAGUUAGUCUUUGCUGUUUAUCAUAUUCUCUCCAAGGAAGGCAAAGGGCCUCCAAAAUUUGAUGUGUUCCAGGUGGAAUCUUCUGUUCCCUGGUUAAGUGAAGUCUUGGUGUUGUUCAGUGUAUCUUUACAACUUUGUCAGCAGCUUAAAAACAAAGUGUCUGUGUUCGCUCAGUACAAGGAAAUGAAUGUUACAUGAACUGAUAAACAAAAGAAAAAAUUGUUAAUCACUGUUUUAGUCUCAGAGAGCUUUUAUGGGAAGACUUCAGCACUCUUUUUUUUAUUUUAGUUCAUUUUAAAAAGUGCAGUCAAAUAUUGAUAUGAUUUUAACAAAUAUUAUUAUUUGAUUUUUUUAUUGUAUUGAAUUUUUUUGUUGAUAAAUAUAAAACACCUUUUGUGUGUGAUCAAGUAAAAAAGUUAAUUAUUUAUUUACAUUUAAUGCAUAGAAAUUAUCGGUUAAUUACAAAACAGCAACAUAUUCUUUUAUUACUUAAUCUAUUCUAUCUAUAAUGCAAAUAUUCUGUUAGAAUUUAUUUAUGAUCAAAGACGCUUGGUAUGGAAGAAGAUUACUUUGAAUUUAAAGAAUGAAAUAUUGUGAAUGAAUUUAGAAAAUGCUAACCUUUAUUAAUUCAGAAAAUCCAAAUUUUAUUUUGGAAAAGCUUUAAAGCUUAAGUUGUGUACUAUUAAAUGUGAUAAGAAAUCAAGUGAUUCUAUUUUUAAACAUCCUUGGUACUUCAUGAAUGCGGAUGGAGUUUUCAUUUAUUUUGAAUUAUAAAAUAUGGAAUUCAUAAAAAAAUUUAUCAAAUAUAUUUCUGAUAAAAAUUAUUAAAUAAAAACAACACUUUUGAAUAACUGUAAAACAUAUUUUUCAAUUUAAAAUCCUUAAUCUACAUCAAAACAGAAUCUUUGCCCAUUGAAAGUAUGAAAUUUUAGACAGAAGGAACAGUUUAAUUUUGUAAAGUAUAUAAUGAUAAAAACAAUGUAUUUCCUUUUUUCAAUUUCAAUACUUUAUCUUAUUUGUUAUAUUUCAUAACAAAAAUUUUCUUAAUUGUAAAAUUUACUUAGAAAAUCCUAGAUAGAAAGUUUAUGAAGAUCAACAUUAGACUGUACUUUCAGCACACAUUUUGUCAGUGUAUCUGUGUCAAUAUAUCUAUGUGUAAUGUUUAGAAUAUUUUAUGAAAAAAAAACUUAUUUUAAAUCUAUUUUUUUUUUUUUUUUUUUUUUUUCAAAUUUUAGUGAUAGGAAGUUUCUAGAUUAUUUGUUUUUUUCUUCUGAAAGAAGUGAUUUAACUCGUUACUAAAUAUUUAUUUUCUUUGCAAAGUUCCUUUUUUAGUGAAAAUAUCAUGUGAUUUGUUUUAUUGCUUCAGUUUCUAACUGAAAAAUAAAUGCAGUUUUUUAGUAAAAGUAUGUUGUUGGAAUACAAUAUAUAUCAUGUUUCAAAUUAAAAAUAUGUAGUCGUAAAAUAAAUUGUUAAUGUAUCAUUAGCUGAAAUACAAUUUUUUUAUGUUCAUAUUUUUUAUUAAUGGCAGGUAAGGGAGUUAGCUUUAAUUUAAAUUAUUAUAAUUUUUUCCUCGUUAUUUAUUAGUGAAAUGUAUAUUAAUCUCUGAUUAACAUUAUUAUAAAAUAUUUUAUAUUUGAAUAAGAUUGAUUGUUUAUUUAUUAAUAUUGAGGUUAUUUGUAUGUUUAUAGUCUUUUAUAAAUGAGUACUUAAUAUGAAUUUUGUUUAUUUUUUUAAAAAAGUAAAGUUAAAUAUAGAAUUUUAAAUUUAGAAAAAGUAAAUUAGUGUAAAUUUUGUCUGGUGCAAUUACUUUGAGAAAUUGUUGGAAUAGUAUUGCAUAGAUUCUUAUUUUACAUUGAUGUUAAAGUUUUUGUUCCUUUAUGAAAAAUGUAGCUUUUACAAUUUCAAUGUAUUACUGUGAGUGUUCUAAAAUAUUUUAAAGUGGUACAUAAACUUGUUAUUUCUAUUUAUUUACAAUAAUAUUUUGUAUUAUUUUUACAUAUUAUUGAAAAUAAGAAUUUACAGAGCCAUUAUAGAAUAUUAAAUUACUUAUUGAAAGAAAAACUUUUAAGCUUCUUUUGCUCUUUCUCCCCCUCCAAAAAAACAUUUUUCCCCAUUAGUUAAAUUCUGUAAUUUUUAAAUGUUUAAGAUUUUAAUUACAAUUUAUAGUUGUUAAUAAUGUUGUAUAAAUAUUUGAAAUUAUUCUUUUAAUUAUUAUAUUGAAACUCCAUUUCAAAGAUUUGUAAUAGUUUUUAGGUAAAUAAACUUUAUAUUUUCAUUCGUUUUUAGUGUGACAUAUUUUAUUUUACAGGAUAGUGACGUAAUUUUUUAAGCAUCUUUUAAAAUUAAUUAAAUAAGAGCAUUUUAAAAUUUUGUUGAUAUAUAUAUUUUACAAAGUGUAUCCCUCAUAAUUUGAUGGAAACUAUUUGUCCUUUUUUUUUUGUCUUAUUUAAUUGACUUUUAUCCAACAAAUUUUUAUUGAUGUUUAUGCAAAUAUUUUAGUUUUGUUCUAUUUAUGCAAUGGCAUCAUUUAGGCGGGAAUAAAACUCCAUCUAGUAAAAUUUGUAUAGUAUGAGUAUAAAUUGUGGUCAUUCAUAUAAAGAGAUUUAAAUACAAGUCAAAUUUAUCUAUUUAACAAAUAUUGCAGUACAUAUAAAUUGUAUUUCAAAUACUCUUUUGCUGUUCUCAAUAUAUUUAUAUGGUUGAGAGGGUAGCAGACUUUCUUCAAGCUGAGCAAAUUGAAAUUGUAAUGCAAUAUCAUAUGAUAAUAAAUAUUAUUAAUAUUUUUCAUAACAUUUAAGAAAGUAAUGAUUAAGGGAAAAUAAAAUUAUUUCUAAAUGUUUUUAUAUACACAAUUUAAAUAAAAGACAAAAAGUCCCACACACAAAUUUGUACUAAUACUAUAUUCAUACAACACAUAACUGUCCUUGUUAUUUAACUCCAUAUUGUAUUACGAAAUUAACUGGCAUUGUAUAUUUGAUAUAUGCUAGGAAAGUAAAUUUCAGCUUCAUUCAUUGAUAUUUUUUUAUAAUAUAAUAUUCCCUUUCUAAUGAUGCCAUUGUUUAUAUGUGCUUUAUUUAAAUUAAAGAUUUUUUAAAAAUGUAUCACUUGUUUAGAAUAAAAAAUUAAAGAUGUUUGUAUACAGCCUGCUGAUAAGCUUGCCAGGCACAUUUUAAAUGAAUUCGAUUUUAUUGUUGCUAUACUGUUAUGUGUUCAAUGUGAUUUUUACUUAAACAUGGUAAAUUACUUAGUUGUAUUGAGGGAAAUAAUGCUGUGUCGUUCCUAUUCGCUGAGCAAAUUAGUCUUCCAACUUUGUUUCUUGUCAGAAUAAAGUUGCCUUCUAAGUGUCUUUACAGUCUUCAUAAGUGAUGGAAAGCGAACUGAAAAUUCUUAAACUCGUAUUUUAAUAUAAAAUAAAACCAGAAUGUAAUACUUGCUUUGUUUUAAAAUGUUUAUACAUUAAGCUCUUUUUUUUUUUUUUUUUUGCAUGCCUGUUGUAAUAAUUAUUCAUUUUGAAUGCAAAUAAAGAUUAUAGAUGAACUUAAUUACAUAGAAUUGCCCAAAAUUUAGUACUAAAAAUAAUGAUAGCUCUACAGAAUUGAUCGGUUAGAACAGUUAGAAUCGGUCAGAACAGUUAGAAUCGGUCAGAACAGUUAGAAUCAUAUCAUUCUUAUUUAGAAUAGAGUGGAGAAAAAUUAGAGCUUGACGAUAUUCUUUUCAGAAUAUAGGAAGAGACAUUAAGAGAAAAUGUUUUAAAAAUGAACAAUAGGCAGAAGAUAAACUUAUAUAUAAUUAGAAGAUAGAUAUAUAUAUAAUUAGAAGAUAGAUAUAUAUACAAUCCAUCGUAGCUGUAUACUAAUCGUAUGGUAAUUGUUAUUGAUAUUAACUAGAAAUGGUAAUUUGCACUGGAGUGUAAUAUAAAUGUAUGAACAAAUGUUCUUAGCAAUCAAAUUUCAGUUCAAUAAAGGUCGAUUCUUUCCUAUAACGAUAUAAAAAUUAUUUUAGGAAUUGAAAUAAGGAAUUGAUAUACGAAAUAUUUAUUAUAUAAAAUUAAUCUGACUUAUUAAUUAGUAAUUAAUUAUCAUAUCAAGAUACUUCAGUAUGAUUUGAUAUAAAAAAAAUGGAAACAUUUAAAAUUUUGUUUCAUCCAGAAUUUUUGGAUAGAACUUGUGCCCACAUUCUAUUCAGCUGUAGCUGCCAAAUUACUAUUCCAAAAGAUUAAUAAUUAAUUUAAUAGACAAAAUCCAACUAUGGUGCUAAAGUAUUUAUUUUUGUGGUUUCUGAACGUAGAUUUGAGGUGAUUAUAUAGCUUGCAAUGGGUAUUGAAAAAUUGUUGAACUUGGCAGUAAUAUGCUUCUAGUGGUCUUUGAAUGUAUGUAUAAAAAAAUCGUAACUAAUAAACGUCAUUUUUCACCGAUAUUUUUUUUCCGCAUCUUCCAUUUUUAAAUUAUGAGGAUUGUACUUUCUUAUGACAAUUUUUUUUACAGUGUCCUGAAUCGAAAUAUUUUAAUUCUAGCCAUCCUGUAUUUUUUUAUUCUGUAAAAUACUCCUUAUUUUUUUAAAUAUUGAUCCUCUUUAUUCAUUGAUUUAAGAAGGGCUCAAGAUUUAUAAUUAAUUAAGCCAGUCAGCGAACGUUGAGAAAAAUCGCUCUUAUCUGCAGAACUUUUUUUAAUUGUUAAAAAAAAUGGUAUUUUCUUAAAGAAUGGGUUAAAUAGUUCGUCCGUAUCUAUUUCUAACACGAAAAGCGUUCGUAGUUGAGUAUUCAUGUGUUAAAAUAUAAAUUAAUCACAGACUUACAAAAUCGUUAGAUUGCACUAAUUAUUGAGUGGAUGAUGGAUAAUUUUGAUUACAUUCAUAUGUACAACAUUAUAGAUGUUAUUUCAUCUGUUAGAUAUGAAAUUAAAUCGGGUUCAGGUAAUGAAUGUUUUCUGUUUCUGAUCGUAGCAAAUAAUAAACUGCCGACCAAUGUUUGAUUUUUGAAACGCCCCCAAAAUCUCCAUAAUAAAUAGAUAUAAGUUUCCGUUUAUAAUAAAUUAAUUGUGGGGAAAUUCUCGAAAACUUCAUUGUGGGACAAAAGAAAUGAAAUUUAGUGACAAUAUAGAAAGGCAUCUCUGGUUGAUGUAGGCCAGAGAAAUGCAUUCAUUAAAAUUGUAUAUAAACUUCAAAAUUUCUCGAACUUUGAAAUUUUUGUAAAUUUAAUGUAUUGUGUCAUAAAAAAAAUCUAUGUUAUGUAAACAAUUUUUCUUGCAAUAUAUUUUUUAAAUAAUUUUUAUUUUCGCAUUAAUAAAUUUUUUCUUGCAGAUAUCAAUUACGUCGUAUAUAUGACAACGUUUCUAAUAUGUAAUUAUGCUUAUCUUCCUGAUUAACAGAUUUUGCUUAUGUUAUUGAUUGCUUAUUGAAAUGUUAAUUGUUUAGUAAAAGUUAAUGAAAUUCAUAAUAGAGUCAAUUCGCAUGUCAUAGUCAUAGUUGAACGUGUCGUCUAAUAAACAUAUCUUGCGCUAUGCUGUGACGUUUUGCCAUUUGUUAAUACCAUAUAUCGAUGACCGUAAAUUGAUUUCGAAGAAUUUUUCAUCAAAAGAGUAAAUGUCUUAGUAUUCAUUAUAUUAAGAAAGCCUUGUUUGACUUACAUAUUCAUUUGUUCCAACCUGAAUGUAAAUUUCUGGGAAUUUGGCUACAGUACAUUUUCAAACUGACCACACAAACCGCUUAGAAUAAGAUUUAAGAGUGAACUAGAAACGAUUUGACUGAACGAUUGAAACGAUUUGAAACUGAUUUCUAUGUUACAAAGAAAGACCUUUGACAAAAUACACUAAACAAAAUAAUUCAACUCAAAUUAUCAAAAAUUUGGAUGGUUAAAGAGAGAGAGAUUAUGUGUUAGUGGUAAAUGAGGAAAACGUAAAAUAAAUCGUUAAUUUUUUAAUCAAGCCUUUUUUAUAUAUAUAAAAAGAAAUGGUUAUUUAUUAGGAAAAAUCUCUAUUAUCGUUUUAAAUCGUUAUCUUUAUAAACGUAGCCGAAUAGUGUUAUAGCCGAAUUAUUAUUAUUUAAACGUUAAGCAACAAAAUUUGUUGCUAUAAUGAGUACAAAAUUUCACUCAAGUUCGCUUCUUCCAUCACUGUGGACUAUGAUUUUGUGUGAAAUUCAAGACAAUAACACGUUUGUUGUAAAACACGAGUAUUUGUAGAUGUAGACAUGGAAUUAUCUCUUAUCUGUACAUUAGAUGUAGGUAACAAAUGAUGUAAUAGACUUUGUUAGACAGAUUAAAUCAUUGGCGUAAAUGUAUUGUGAUAUCAGGAUGAAGAGCACCCAAAUGAAACUUUGCACAGAUAAAUCAAUGUGAAUUUGUGUGCGCGUUAGAAUGCGCACUUAAUCUAUUCCAGUUGUUGUUUCUACAGUCGUCUCUUUCAUUUGGUAUCAUGUAUUUCUUUAAUUUUAUUCAAAACAGUUAAAAUGAAUAAAGUGUUUCUUUACGUA